UAAUUGGUGAGAUCCGGGACCUAAGCAGUCAGCAAUCUCGGUGACUAUAUUGUAUCAGAUUAUGCGCGAUAUACAAUAAUGUCAUAGCUGAAAGGAAAGAUGCGUCUUGACCCAAAGUUCCCAACGGGCCGGAUCAGGAUCACUGCCAGGAUCCUCGCGGGGGGGCUCUUAAUUGUAUCCGUACGUUCCGCGGCGGUAGGCUCUAUAAACCUCGCAAUCUAUUUGAGCCUUUCAGCUCGUUAUAUCUUCGGAGUAUCGGGUUGUAAGCUUUUGAGCCUACUUUUGAGCCUACACUUACAUAGUAUCAUCUGCCAAAGCCUGACGAGCGAACCAAUCAAUGAUGGAAGCAAAUCCAACCGAAGCAAGACGCGAAAGCAACAUUGUCCUCAUCGCCCGGUCGACAUCGAUAAUACAACUUCGCAGUCCUUCUUUUCGCGUAUCUGUAGGGCCGAAGAGUUCGGACCGAAGCCGUUGAUUGGUUUAGGUAUUAUCUAUUAAUCUUCGGCUCUUGCUUUGGCGGACUUGGCCCCGAUGUAAUCUGCAGCUCGCUGCUCAUAACGGAAGCCCUGCAAGAUCGAUAAAUGUACCCGCGGCACCUCCGAUCGCACUACGGGAUAUUUACUCGGCCGGUAAAUUAAGAUGCCGUACUAGGUAUAAUUGUGAAAGUUGCCAAGACACGUCAAGGUGUUGCCAAUGUUUGCUCGAUUCAAUACGGUGGGAUUGGCGUUAGUUACAUUCGGCAGUAGCUGAAGUUCCAUCUGCGUAGUUUCAGCCUACCAUUUGACAUACUACUCUCCACUUUACUGCAAUUACAGCUUAAGACUAUUCGC